AGGAUCAGGAGGGAAGCUAGGCUUUCUUGUCUGUGUCUUUAUGAUGAGAGAGGCUCUCUCUUGGCAUGCUGCUCACGAACGUAAUACAAGGACAUAUUUCACUUGGAAAAGCAUCCAAUCAAUAAGGCUAUCUUUCCUGUCUUUCCAUCCUACUCUCUCUCUCUUUUCUCUCUGAAACGGCUGAAAGAAGUACUUCUAUGAUAUGGGGGAAGGUUAGUAUUAGGACAUAAACAAAUACACUAUCCAAGUUACACUUCCCCAGGGUGCAGCAGAAACCUUGUCCAGAUGUUGAGCCUGAUUGAUAAUCACACCAGGUGCUGCCAAUUAGGGUGAUGGUCAGUCAUGUGACGUCCCCGCUGGAAAUGAGGCCACCAAACAUAGACUGGGAACACUGGCCACUUUAAUAAUGGAACACUAGUCACUGUAAUAAUGGAACACUGGUCACUUUAAUAAUGGAACACUGGUCACUGUAAUAAUGGAACACUAGUCACUGUAAUAAUGGAACACUGGUCACUUUAAUAAUGGAACACUAGUCAAUGGAACACUGGCCACUUUAAUAAUGGAACACUAGUCACUGUAAUAAUGGAACACUGGUCACUGUAAUAAUGGAACACUAGUCAAUGGAACACUGGUCACUUUAAUAAUGGAACACUAGUCACUGUAAUAAUGGAACACUGGUCACUGUAAUAAUGGAACACUAGUCAAUGGAACUCUGGUCACUGUAAUAAUGGAACACUGGUCACUGUAAUAAUGGAACACCGGUCACUUUAAUAAUGGAACACUGGUCACUGUAAUAAUGGAACACUGAUCAUUGUAAUAAUGGAACACUAGUCACUGUAAUAAUGGAACACUAGUCACUGUAAUAAUGGAACACUGGUCAUUGUAAUAAUGGAACACUGGCCACUUUAAUAAUGGAACACUAGUCACUGUAAUAAUGGAACACUGGUCACUGUAAUAAUGGAACACUAGUCAAUGGAACUCUGGUCACUGUAAUAAUGGAACACUGGUCACUGUAAUAAUGGAACACCGGUCACUUUAAUAAUGGAACACUGGUCACUGUAAUAAUGGAACACUGGUCAUUGUAAUAAUGGAACACUAGUCACUGUAAUAAUGGAACACUAGUCACUUUAAUAAUGUUUACAUAUUUUGCAUUACUCAUUUCAUAUGUAUAUACUGUAUUCUAUACUAUCUACUGUAUCUUAGUCUAUGUAUUACUCAUCUCAUAUGAAUAUACUAUAUUCUACACUAUUCUACUGUAUCUUAGUCUAUGUAUUACUCAUUUCAUAUGUAUAUGCUAUAUUCUAUACUAUUCUACUGUAUCUCAGUCUAUGUAUUACUCAUCUCAUAUGAAUAUACUGUGUUCUACACUAUUGUACUGUAUCUUAGUCUAUGUAUUACUCAUCUCAUAUGAAUAUACUGUAUUCUAUUCUACUGUAUCUCAGUCUAUGUAUUACUCAUCUCAUAUGAAUAUACUGUGUUCUACACUAUUCUACUGUAUCUUAGUCUAUGUAUUACUCAUCUCAUAUGAAUAUACUGUAUUCUAUUCUACUGUAUCUCAGUCUAUGUAUUACUCAUCUCAUAUGAAUAUACUGUGUUCUACACUAUUCUACUGUAUCUUAGUCUAUGCAUUACUCAUCUCAUAUGAAUAUACUGUAUUCUAUUCUACUGUAUCUCAGUCUAUGUAUUACUCAUCUCAUAUGAAUAUACUGUGUUCUACACUAUUCUACUGUAUCUUAGUCUAUGCAUUACUCAUCUCAUAUGAAUAUACUGUAUUCUAUUCUACUGUAUCUUAGUCUAUGUAUUACUCAUCUCAUAUGAAUAUACUGUAUUCUAUUCUACUGUAUCUUAGUCUAUGUAUUACUCAUCUCAUAUGAAUAUACUGUAUUCUAUACUAUUCUACUGUAUCUUAGUCUAUGCUGCUCUGACAUUGCUCAUCCAAAUAUGUAUAUAUUCUUAAUUCCAUUCCUUUACUUUAGAUGUGUGUGUAUUGUUGUGAGAUGAUUAUUGCUGCACUGUUGGAGCUAGAAACACAAGCAUUUCGACUACACCCGCAAUAACAUCUGCUAAACACGUGUUUGGGACCAAUACAAUUUGAUUUGAUUUUGAUUUAAUUUGAGACUGCUGGUUGGUUUGGUGGCCAUGAGGCUGCUGGUUGGUUUGGUGGUAAUGUGGCUGCUGGUUGGUUUGGUGGUAAUGAGGUUGCUGGUUGGUUUGGUGGUAAUGUGGCUGCUGGUUGGUUUGGAUGCCAUGAGGCUGCUGGUUGGUUUGGUGGUAAUGUGGCUGCUGGUUGAUUUGGUGGUCAUGAGGCUGCUGGUUGGUUUGGUGGCCAUGAGGCUGCUGGUUGGUUUGGUUUGGUGGUCAUGAGGCUGCUGGUUGGUUUGGUUUGGUGGUCAUGAGGCUGCUGGUUGGUUUGGUUUGGUGGCCAUGAGGCUGCUGGUUGGUUUGGUUUGGUGGCCAUGAGGCUGCUGGUUGGUUUGGUUUGGUGGCCAUGAGGCUGCUGGUUGGUUUGGUGGUCAUGAGGCUGCUGGUUGGUUUGGUGGUCAUGAGGCUGCUGGUUGGUUUGGUUUGGUGGUCAUGAGGCUGCUGGUUGGUUUGGUGGUCAUGAGGCUGCUGGUUGGUUUGGUGGCCAUGAGGCUGCUGGUUGGUUUUGUUUGGUGGCCAUGAAGCUGCUGGUUGGUUUGGUGGCCAUGAGGCUGCUGGUUGGUUUGGUUUGGUGGCCAUGAGGCUGCUGGUUGGUUUGGUGGCCAUGAGGCUGCUGGUUGGUUUGGUUUGGUGGUCAUGAAGCUGCUGGUUGGUUUGGUGGUCAUGAGGCUGCUGGUUGGUUUGGUUUGGUGGCCAUGAGGCUGCUGGUUGGUUUGGUUUGGUGGCCAUGAGGCUGCUGGUUGGUUUGGUGGCCAUGAGGCUGCUGGUUGGUUUGGUUUGGUGGCCAUGAGGCUGCUGGUUGGUUUGGUGGUCAUGAGGCUGCUGGUUGGUUUGGUGGCCAUGAGGCUGCUGGUUGGUUUGUUGGCCGUGAGGCUGCUGGUUGGUUUGGUGGUCAUGAUGCUGCUGGUUGGUUUGGUGGUCAUUAUGCUGCUGGUUGGUUUGGUGGCCGUGAGGCUGCUGGUUGGUUUGAUGGUCGUGAGGCCUUUAGUUCUGGUUCUGAGUCUAUAGUUUAGGCAGGUCUGUUUGUAAUAUUUAUGUUUCAUUUGGACAUAAUAAUAAUUCGCUUGGCCGACCAAGAGGUGAAGACAGAGCUGGCUCUGAACUCGGUGGAUCCCUUUUUGGAUGGGUAACUCUCCCUGAUCAUCCUUCAACCCCCGCCCCAUCUGAGUUGACCCCUGACCCCUUUCCUACAGCCACCAUGACAUCGACCUCGUGGCCGCAGCUUCUGGUCUUCAAGCUGAUCUCUCCACCCAGCGACCCUGGGAGUCCAGAGAAGAUCGUCAGCUGUGACGAGGAGAUAGAGCGUCGCUACGAGAUCGUUCCCUCUGUGGUCUGCUGCGUGUGCUGCCUCUUCGGCAUCAUAUACUGCUUCUUUGGUUAUCGUUGCUUCAAGGCGGUGAUGUUCCUAACAGGCUUGAUGUUUGGCUCUGUCAUCAUCUUUCUGCUGUGUUAUAAGGAGCGUGUUCUGGACACCCAGCUGAGCGUGGAGGCAUCGGUGGGCAUCGGCCUGGGCAUCGGUACCCUCUGUGGCCUGGUCACCAUGCUGGUGCGCUCCGUGGGACUCUUCAUGGUGGGGCUGUUGCUGGGAUUACUGCUGGGCAUCGCCUCACUGGUGGUAAUGGGGGAGUUCCACCACCCCCGGACGGUGUGGGUGCCCCUGGGCGUGUUGUUGGGGUCAGGCAUGCUGUUCGCCGUCCUCACCCUCCAAUGGCAGCGCUUCUUCACCACCCUCUCCACCGCUGUGUUUGGCUCGGCUGUCAUCACCGUCACUGUGGACUACUUCCUCGAGCUGUUCGCUCUGGUCAGAUACAUGUCGGAGAGGAUCAAGGUGGCUCCGCCCCUUCCUCUCUGCUGGUUCACCUGGGUCGUCAUGGGGCUGUGGCCUGUCCUGGCAUUGCUGGGGGUCCUCAUCCAAUGGAAGGUAACCGCCGAGGGAUAUUCACACACUGAGGUGGUUCUCAGUCAACAGCAGCGGAGGGUCCAGUUGAUGAGGAUCCACCAGAAGGAAGAGAGGAUGCAGAAAGAAGUGAGGAAGAAGAAGAAGAGGAGACAGAAGCAGUACCACCACCCUCCUCCACUUACCACCACCACCAACAACAAACCCCUCCUCCCUGAGCCUAUCACCUACCACAGGAAACCAGACCACACUCUACGCUUCGAUGGGGACGUGCUCUCUCCUGCUUACAUCGCUAGUUUCCGGGACAGACAGGUGGACAGACGGGGAUACCCUCACCACGGCAGACCCAUCGCCAGGCACCACAUAGCUGACCGAGACUACGACUGUGGAUCCCAAGUACCCCUGACCGCCCCCAAUGGACCGGCUGUACGGGUGUGACAAUGACAAUGACCCAUAGUGUUGUGGAGUGGUGCUGUCUGUCCAUUCACUAUCCAGAAAACGUCUUCAGUGUCUGGAUUGAACGUUAAUCUCUGGACCUAUUUUUUUCUGAGGUGCAUAUAGACGAUGAUGCCGUCCCUUCCCUUCUCUCUCGUUCAACCCUGAAGCAAUCAGUGUCCAGAUUGAGAUUGACCUUUGAACCCUGGACUGAUUUAUUGACAGGCUGUUGAUGUCUUUUGUUCUCUUCUCUUUCCAUUCCGUCCUUUAGUCUGUGGUUUUACGUGGGCUGUGUAACAUAUAAACCCUGCUGUGGUUCCUACGUCUCAGCUCUUAAGAGAGCAAGGAAGCACUGACUGAAGUCUUCAAGACAUCUAUUUAUGAAAGUGUUACAAUUUCCCAGAAUACCUGUAAACUUCUUUGGGAGGUGGUUUAGUUUUUGGGUUAAAAAAAAAGACUGUAAAAUGACCAGGAAUUCAGCAAAACAUUUGUAUAAUUUAGGAAAUCUAUUCAUAAGUAUUCCCAACAAAUAAAAAUAAAAAGAUGUGAUUGUAUUUCAA